AUUCCUCCAUCUCAUUUGAUCCUUGCGGUGGUUGCGUCUCACCAGGUGGGGCUCGUUGUCGGCAAGCUCAGCGCCUCCUCCGACCGCGCCCUUGUCUACGCCCUGCUCCCCACGCCGCCCACCGACGCCGACGCCCCUGCCUGCUCCCUCCGCGCCUCAUCCUCCUCUUCCUCUUCGGGCGCCAAGCCCAAGACAUCCAAGGGCCCCUCGGCCUCCACGCCCUCUCUCGAGUUCGAUGUCGACUGGAUCGCCGAGCACGCGCGACAGGUGGCGAGGAUGCUACUCGGAGGAAUGAGUGUCAUAGGUGUUUACAUAUGGGCUUCUGAGGCCUCCUUCAAGGCCACUUCCCCUGCUGUCUUAUCCCAGGUUAUUAGAGCGGUUUCUCAUGCUUGGUAUGGCAGUGGCUUUGCUGAGAGGCUGCUCAUUCAUAUCUCUUACAGUCCACGAAGGUGGGCCUGUCGUAUAUGCGAGAUUGCAUCAGGAAGUCUGCGGCCAUGUGAUUUCAAAUACAGCAAACUAUUGGCUUCUCUUCAAAGCUUCAGAUGCACAUACAAUUUUGAGAUAAGAUUGACAGUUGUUCAAGAUGAGCCGUUUAAGAAAGUUAUUUCAAAGGCAAUCAAUCACCUCACAGAGGAAGUGCAGAAUGCCAAAACUUUAAUUGAUAGAGAUCUGGUUUCAGAAGACAUAAACAUAAGUACAGAGGGCCCACACCGAGUCGAUUUUCUUGUACCAUUCAAGAAUUCUAUACCUGUUGAAGAAUGCAGUUUAGAGGGAGUUGCUGGGCUUCUUCGCUUCGUUGGAUCAGUCAGUGCCUUGGCAUACUUAGGCCCGAAAGAAUCUAUUUCAGAAGCUAUAUCUGAUCUGAAGGAGGACAUCAUAGCAAGUCUAAGAAGCAGAUUGGAUAUCAUCCUCGAUGAGGCAGAUGAUGACUCUACCACUAAUGACUUGGAGAAAUCACCAUCUCAGAAGGUCACUCAAAUUAUUUUUCGUCAGUUGAGAGAACCUUAUAAUUUCUCGUUCCCUAGAAGAGUUCUGAUACCUUGGUUGGGCGGCACCUAUGUUUGUGAUUACCUGCAACGAUCAGAGACAACGGAGGAUGCAACGGAGCGAUGCAAGGAAGUUAUAUCACUGGAAACAGUUGCAGAAGGCUCCUUAAUGUUAGAACCAGAAAGUGCAGCGGAUUCUGUGACACUACAAUCCUUUUGGGAUAUGGUGCCUGGAGCUUCAUCACAUGAGCGUGCAGGAUCCAGCUUGGAGAAUAGUCAUCCUGGACAGACAGAUGAUUCAAGCAGAAGACAAGGCGGCAGUUUCAACAUUCUAGCUGCUCUAUUUGCACUGCUGGUUGCUCUUGUAGUUGGAUCUGUACUCUCUUUCUCUGCCAGUUGGAACGCCUGAGCCUAUACUAUUAACUUUGAGUUUUAGAUUGCAUGCCAAGGAUAUAAUUUUUUGUAAAAGGGAGUAGAAAAAGAUGAGCAAGUUUAAAUUAAAUUGCCAACAAACUAGAGUCCUUUGAUAUUCAGCGUCUGUUUUAACGUGAA